AUGGUCUUUUGUUGGUUUGCCAUAUCAUUCAAUAAUCUUCAAUGCAUCACGAUAGGAUUCAUCAUUGCACACAUUCAUUGUUUACGAUACUACUUGAAUGAAAUAGAUAUUGAGUUUGAACAGAACGAAAAACGAAGAAACAUUUCAGAACAGAAAGAAGUGGACAGAAAACUUAUACAACUGAUUCACCAACAUCAAAGCUGCAUCAAACUUUAUGAGAAUUUGGAUAUUAUGGGAAAACCUUUGUUUUUUUGUUCAAUUACAACCAUCACAUUCAAUCUCGUGUGUUGUGGCACUGCGAUGGUAAUUUUAUUAGAUUCAGAUUUUUCAGGAGCAGCAAAAAUGUUUAUCAUUUAUUCGUGUUCAAUCAUAUCAUUUAUGUUACUCUGUGUUCCUAGUCAAUUGUUGAGCAAUGCUAGUUAUGAAUUUUAUAAAGAAAGUAAUUGCAUCAAUUUUCACAAAUACCCACCGAAAACCCGGGUUAUCUUAUUGAUAAUGAUGAUGAAAAUAUCGGAUACAUUUGUACUCCGAGCAGGACCAAUAUAUGAAUUGAGCUUUGAAACUUUCAGCGUAGUAAUUUCAUCGUUUCAAUUACAACUAAAGAGUCAAAAUUAA